AUGAGUCCGCAGAUGAUGGCCGAGUACAUGCGCCGUCAGGCCAUAUCAACUCAAUCACAGCCGCGCCCGACCACUAUGCAAGCGCAGCCUCCCACUCGCGAUGAGUCUCAGGCACGCCUGAACCGUCAGUUUGCCCUGUUUGGAAUGGCCUACUUCCAGAGGUUGGACCCGCGGGCAAAGCAACAGUUCCAACAGUUGCCUUCCCAGAAGCAAAACGAGAUCGUUAAGAACGCGAUCGAGAAACGUAAACAGCAAGAGAUUCAGAAGGCGCGCGAGCAGCAGAUGGCGCAACAACUGGCGCAACAACUGGCAGAGCAAUUGGCAGCGCAACUGGCGCAACAACAAGCAGCGCAACAACAGGCAGCGCAGCAACAGGCAGCGCGACAACAGGCAGCGCAACAGGCACACUUCAAGAACUUCGUACAGCAAUACGUCAACUCGUUCAGUCCUGAGCGAUCGCUCCAGUUCAGACAGUUGCCCGAACUGCAGCAAGGGCUGCAUCUUCGCAAUGUCUACAAGCAAAGAAUGCAAAACGCACGGCAGCUACAUCAGCAGAAAAUGCAACAAAUGCAGCAGCAUCAACCAGCCAGGCAGCUACAGCAGGUGUCGCAGCCGCAACAGCUCGCGCAACAGCCUCGACGUAUCCUGCAAACUCCAGAAGUACAGCAACAUCGACAGCUGCAGUCACCACGUAUUCUGCAAGCUCCACAAGCUCAGCAACAUCAGGAGCCACAGCCACAACGUAUUCAGCAAACACAACCGGCGCCUCAGCUGAAACGACCUCGUUCUGACGACGAUGAGGCAAGCCCCGCGACCAAGGUAGCCAAGGUCGCGCAGCCAACUACAGAGCAGCAGCCGAAGAACACAGAGGAUCCAGACGAUCAGAGACUCAGGUCUGAGCUCACAACCUGGCUCGCUUCCAAGCAGGCUGAGGAAGAAGCUCAGAAGAGCGAGCAGUCUGCGGAGUUGCACUGGCAGAUGAAGCACGCUGGCCCUUACCCUGGCUAUGAACCUGCGAAAUCAAACAUCUCCUACAACUCGUUCUAA